AUGGUAUUCAAUUCGAUGAUUAUUUCGAUCCCAGCUUCAAGGUCACUUUCUGAAUUGAACAUUGUAUGGUUUCCAAGUAGUUGGAUUAUUACAUUGGGAAUCACGUUACUGACUUUAUUAUUCGGCGGAUUAAAACGAUUCGAUAUACAAAGAUCUUUCAAUAUAUUCUUCACUGUUAUAUACACUUUACAAGCAGUAGUUUAUAUAGUUCUCAUUGUAUUAAAUCAUUUUGAAUGCUAUGAUGUUAUCUUGAUUAUUUCUGGAUUUGGAAUGCUACUGACAAUCAUCUGUGUGAGUAAUUCAGAAGUAUAACCCAAAUACUUGUUCUGUAUCUUCCCUAGACAUAGCCCAGAUUUCGAAUCAUGUACUUCGAUCCAUGUACUUCUCAAAAACAUUAAAACCUGAAUGUAUAUCAAACCGUUUCAUCACACGCUCAAUCGUGACACCAGUAAGAUAAUUAGAAGCAUUUGAAUUGUGUAUAAACUAGUAUUCCCAAGAAUUACACCAUUAAUCAAGAAGUAUUAGAUGAGCACAAACGAAUGUAUUGUAUUUGGAAUUCAAAAUCACAACAGUCAUCAAUACAAAUAAAUCAUUGGAUCAUUCGAACAUCACAAACUCCUUGGCGGUGCACAUUCACGAUCUCACCCACGGGAUUAGGACCCGAUACCUAUCAAUCCAAUGCAUCCCGGGUUUCUUACUUUAAAAUAAUUUCAACCAUUAAAUUACUAAAAUCUGAAUAAACCACCCUUCUGAUUAUAAUAUUUUGUGUUUAGUCAUAGCCGUGAUUGGAAUUGACAGUAACAUACAUAUGUUGAACAAUAGUUAUACACAUUGUUUUAGAUGAUUGAAGUUAAAGCAUGUUACUGAUCAAUAUGUACAUUGAUUUCAGGAAUUGGCAAUCGCAACUCAAGCAAUUUUUCCAGGUGAUAAACGAUUCGGUUUUCGAGA